AUGUCUUUGGAAGCAAAGAAGAAUACCGUCCUUGUCUCGCAUGGCCGUCCUCCAUGGUAUGGUGAAGAUGGCAGGAAGUUGUGUGAUGCUUUUGUCAUUGGUAUCGCAGGUGCGUCGUCGAGCUUUGCUUGGGAUGACCUUUUGGAGACCCACGUCGCCAGACAAAUCGUUCGUACUCUUGGCAACAUACCCAGCAUUGUUAUCGUCUCCCAAGAUAGCUUCUACAAGCGCCAUACUCCCGAGGAGAUUGCUCUCGCCAACGCCAGCAUGUUCGAUUUUGAUCACCCGGACGCAAUAGACAUGCCAAUGUUCGCAUCUUGCUUGGCCGACUUGAAGGCCUGCAAGCAAUCCAACAUCCCUGUCUACUCUUUUGCUGAACACCAACGCCUCGAGGAAACGAAAUAUCUAUAUGGCGCUGCAAUUAUAAUAGCGGAAGGCAUUAUGACGCUCCAUGACCCUGCACUACGCAAGCUAUAUGAUUUGAAAGUAUUCGUGCAAUGCGAUUCCGAUCUCAUGCUUGCCAGACGAAUAGCACGAGAUAUGAAAGAACGCGGAAGAAGCGUAGAUGGUAUAUUAGAACAGUACUUGAGGUAUGUGAAGCCAUCGUAUGACAACUUUGUACGCCCGACAGCAGCUCAUGCCGACAUUAUCGUCCCCGGCUCAAACAACGGCGUCGCAAUUGAGUUGAUCACAACACAUAUUCGACGACAACUGCAGGAGCGCUCGAAUCGAUUUCGUCCAAAGAUGGCCAUUCCAAGACGGCUUCAUUCCCCUGGCCUGUCGACUCCAGAGACCCAGAUAGAGGAUCUUAAUCUGAACGUCCUCCGCCCGACACUACAGGUCCAAGGCAUCUUCACUAUCUUGCGGUCUGCAGACACUCCCCGCCAAGAUUUUAUAUUCUUCGUGGAUCGUCUGUCUACGUUCCUAGUCGAAUAUGCAAUGUCGCUACUACCUCAUGCUCCGAAGACAGUAGUGACGCCUGUUGGGGCUCUGUCUCACGGUCAAAUGCUAGAUGCGAAGUAUGUAUGCGGAGUGUGUAUUCAACGCUCGGGAGGCGCUCUCGAGCGAGGAUUUCGCAGAGUCAUUAACGAUGUCCCCAUCGGAUCUUUGUUAGUGCAGUCUGACUCGAAGACUGGUGAACCCAUCCUGCUACAAGUCAAGCUACCGCUAUACAUCCGCAAACGCGAACAGGCUGUGGAGACCUUCGUGUUUCUUUUAGAUGCGCAGAUUGGGACAGGCGCUGCAGCAUUCAUGGCUAUCCGGAUCCUUCUGGACCAUGGGGUACGACAGGACCAUAUCAUUUUUGUGACAUUCUUGGUUGCCCGUGGUGGAGGAAUAUCAGUGCUUAGGCGCGCAUUUCCUGAUGUCAAGAUCGUCUGCGGUGCUGUCGAUGAUGAAAUGGAAGAGGGUUGGUUAGACCUCGAUAGUGACACGGUCGAUGGAAGUCAGGUGAAUAGUAGACGCCAGGUCUGGGUGAUGCAGCCGGGGAUGGGGCAAAUUGGUGAUCGGUAUUACUUGUAA